AGUCCAUUAAGAACACAGAUUUUGUUUUUCUGUUGCAAACAGUUUUACUACGGUGUGCCCUACUGAGGGGACGCUCCCUACAGCCUGCUGUCACUAGGUAACCCACACCAGGAAGAGAGAGGUCUGGUUUAUAACGCCCUACAGCCUGCUGUCACUAGGUAACCCACACCAGGAAGAGAGAGGUCUGGUUUAUAACGCCCUACAGCCUGCUGUCACUAGGUAACCCACACCAGGAAGAGAGAGGUCUGGUUUAUAACGCCCUACAGCCUGCUGUCACUAGGUAACCCACACCAGGAAGAGAGAGGUCUGGUUUAUAACGCCCUACAGCCUGCUGUCACUAGGUAACCCACACCAGGAAGAGAGAGGUCUGGUUUAUAACGCCCUACAGCCUGCUGUCACUAGGUAACCCACACCAGGAAGAGAGAGGUCUGGUUUAUAACGCCCUACAGCCUGCUGUCACUAGGUAACCCACACCAGGAAGAGAGAGGUCUGGUUUAUAACGCCCUACAGCCUGCUGUCACUAGGUAACCCACACCAGGAAGAGAGAGGUCUGGUUUAUAACGCCCUACAGCCUGCUGUCACUAGGUAACCCACACCAGGAAGAGAGAGGUCUGGUUUAUAACGCCCUACAGCCUGCUGUCACUAGGUAACCCACACCAGGAAGAGAGAGGUCUGGUUUAUAACGCCCUACAGCCUGCUGUCACUAGGUAACCCACACCAGGAAGAGAGAGGUCUGGUUUAUAACGCCCUACAGCCUGCUGUCACUAGGUAACCCACACCAGGAAGAGAGAGGUCUGGUUUAUAACGCCCUACAGCCUGCUGUCACUAGGUAACCCACACCAGGAAGAGAGAGGUCUGGUUUAUAACGCCCUACAGCCUGCUGUCACUAGGUAACCCACACCAGGAAGAGAGAGGUCUGGUUUAUAACGCCCUACAGCCUGCUGUCACUAGGUAACCCACACCAGGAAGAGAGAGGUCUGGUUUAUAACGCCCUACAGCCUGCUGUCACUAGGUAACCCACACCAGGAAGAGAGAGGUCUGGUUUAUAACGCCCUACAGCCUGCUGUCACUAGGUAACCCACACCAGGAAGAGAGAGGUCUAGUUUAACCAUAUCAUCACAUACAGAUCCAUGUGUCUCUUUCCAAAUCAGGAUUUCUAUCAGCAUCACAAAUAAGAGUUUCUGGUUCAGCCUGUUGUCCAUGUGUCCCCCAGGUCAACUGUCCUCUUCUCCCGUUGUCCAUGUGUCCCCCAGGUCAACUGUCCUCUUCUCCCGUUGUCCAUGUGUCCCCCAGGUCAACUGUCCUCUUCUCCCGUUGUCCAUGUGUCCCCCAGGUCAACUGUCCUCUUCUCCCGUUGUCCAUGUGUCCCCCAGGUCAACUGUCCUCUUCUCCCGUUGUCCAUGUGUCCCCCAGGUCAACUGUCCUCUUCUCCUGUUGUCCAUGUGUCCCCCAGGUCAACUGUCCUCCUCCCGUUGUCCAUGUGUCCCCCAGGUCAACUGUCCUCUUCUCCUGUUGUCCAUGUGUCCCCCAGGUCAAAUGUCCUCUUCUCCUGUUGUCCAUGUGUCCCCCAGGUCAACUGUCCUCUUCUCCUGUUGUCCAUGUGUCCCCCAGGUCAACUGUCCUCUUCUCCCGUUGUCCAUGUGUCCCCCAGGUCAACUGUCCUCUUCUCCCGUUGUCCAUGUGUCCCCCAGGUCAACUGUCCUCUUCUCCCGUUGUCCAUGUGUCCCCCAGGUCAACUGUCCUCUUCUCCUGUUGUCCAUGUGUCCCCCAGGUCAACUGUCCUCUUCUCCCGUUGUCCAUGUGUCCCCCAGGUCAACUGUCCUCUUCUCCUGUUGUCCAUGUGUCCCCCAGGUCAACUGUCCUCUUCUCCUGUUGUCCAUGUGUCCCCCAGGUCAACUGUCCUCUUCUCCUGUUGUCCAUGUGUCCCCCAGGUCAACUGUCCUCUUCUCCUGUUGUCCAUGUGUCCCCCAGGUCAACUGUCCUCUUCUCCUGUUGUCCAUGUGUCCCCCAGGUCAACUGUCCUCUUCUCCCGUUGUCCAUGUGUCCCCCAGGUCAACUGUCCUCUUCUCCUGUUGUCCAUGUGUCCCCCAGGUCAACUGUCCUCUUCUCCUGUUGUCCAUGUGUCCCCCAGGUCAACUGUCCUCUUCUCCUGUUGUCCAUGUGUCCCCCAGGUCAACUGUCCUCUUCUCCUGUUGUCCAUCAUCAUAUUCAUGGUGUAUCACUGGUUUUAAUAGUGAGGUGACUGCUCUCUGACUGACUGUUGUGGGUUGACUGUUGUGGGUUGACUGCUGUGGGUUGACUGUUGUGGGUUGACUGUUGUGGGUUGACUGUUGUGGGUUGACUGCUGUGGGUUGACUGUUGUGGGUUGACUGCUGUGGGUUGACUGUUGUGGGUAGACUGUUGUGGGUUGACUGCUGUGGGUUGACUGCUGUGGGUUGACUGUUGUGGGUUGCUCUUGGUCUCUAAUGGAACCACAUUACUGUAUUGUUGGGGUGUUAAUGAAGACGUGGUGAUGAAAUCGCCUGUAUGGUAAAGCACAUCUCUUCUGUUGUGAAUGUCUCUGGUUGUCCUGGCAACUGGUCUUUCUGACCGGUUCAAUAUGUUCGAUGCAUUUCAGUCAACACACAGACGGCCACCCUUUCCCCCCCCCAUCACUGUCCAUCCAUCCCUCUUCCUCCAUGCCAUCCCUCUUCCUCCAUGCCAUCCCUCUUCCUCCAUGCCAUCCCUCUUCCUCCAUGCCAUCCCUCUUCCUUCAUGCCAUCCCUCUUCCUCCAUGCCAUCCCUCUUCCUCCAUGCCAUCCCUCUUCCUCCAUGCCAUCCCUCUUCCUCCAUGCCAUCCCUCUUCCUCCAUGCCAUCCCUCUUCCUCCAUGCCAUCCCUCUUCCUCCAUGCCAUCCCUCUUCCUUCAUGCCAUCCCUCUUCCUCCAUGCCAUCCCUCUUCCUCCAUGCCAUCCCUCUUCCUCCAUGCCAUCCCUCUUCAAAGCCCAGUGGAGAAGUCAAACCCAAACGCAGCGAGAGCAACAACAACAUGGACAAACGAACUAAUGUACAACAAAACCUGAAGAGAAUUGGUAGUAUAUUAUUACAGAUUAAUUUUGUAUUGUAUUUAUUGUGUAUAAUGACACUUUUUAAAAAAUAAAUGUACAUUUAGUAAAACUGUAAAUCAAA